AUGAAUCCUCUGACGCAGAUCAAAAAUACCCAGAAGAUCAGCAAGGAUGAGAUUGAGCUGGGUCUCAGCGACAAGUCUUCCUGGCACUCCAGGUUCAAGCACUCUGCCUACAUCUUUGCUGGCGGGCUGCCCCUGAACCUGACAGAGGGGGACCUCCUCGCCAUCUUUGCGCAGUAUGGCGAGAUCGUCGACCUGAGAAAGCCAAAGGGCUUUGCCUUUCUGGCUUACGAGGAUCAGCGGUCCACUGUAGUAGCGGUCGACAACCUCUCGGGCGCCAAGGUCUCUGGUCGCACGCUCCGAGUGGAACAUGUGGACAACUACCGGAGGAAGCGCGCCGAGGCGAGCCUGAUCCUGGGAGUGGUGCGGAGGACACCGCGAGGCCAGACCCAGUACGGAGUCGGUCAGAAGCUGAGGCCCCUGACGCCUCUGCCCGACAGCCACCUGUGCCAGCAGACGAGCCCUGGGCAGCUGGAAGCAGCGUGUUCAGUAUGUUGA